GUUGAUAACGCCGCCAUCUUGAAAAGUGAACUCUGAUGGUCUCUUUUUUCGCGCCUGUCACAUUUUGUUAUAUACACCUUAUUUUCACCAGAACCAACGUACCUCGCAUCGUUUUUUCUUUUUCAUUCCGGUGACCGUUUUAGUCAAAAUUUCUCCAGUCUUCAUGCCGGACUUUGGCAAUAUUCCGCUGUCUUAAUCGGUGUGUGUUAAGUGUUUUGCUGUGGCAGAGGGCAUUUCUUUAUGCAUGUGGUCUGUACUUUAGGAUCUCUCCAGUUUCUACUGCCUGUGGUGCCUGUAAUGGGCCAGAAGUCCCAAACAGCACAAGCAUCAUUUUAUUUUUAAUCAGAGUUUUUACCCUCUGGUCUCUGCUACUCACAGCAGCACCAUGUUUUGGAAGUUUGAUCUGCACACGACGUCCCACAUCGACACACUCCUGGAGAAAGAUGACGUGACACUGACAGAGGUGAUGGACGAGGAGGACGUCCUGCAGGAGUGCAAAGCUCAGAACCACAAGCUCGUGGAAUUCCUGGUCAGGCCGCUGUGCAUGGAGGACCUUGUGGGUUACAUCACACAGGAGCCUAAUGAUGACGUGGAGGAGAAGAUCAAAUACAAGUAUCCCAACAUAUCCUGUGAACUCCUGACCUCAGAUGUUGGCCAGAUCAACGACAGGCUCGGUGAAGAUGAAAGUUUGCUGAUGAAGCUCUAUAGCUUUUUGCAGAAUGAGCCGCCUCUCAACCCGCUGCUGGCUAGUUUCUUUAGCAAGGUCUUGAGCAUCCUCAUCGGUAGAAAACCAGAGCAUAUCGUGGAGUUUCUUAGAAAGAGGGAAGACUUUGUGGAUCUGAUGAUCAAACACAUAGGGACCUCGGCCAUUAUGGACCUCCUGCUCAGAAUGCUCACCUGCAUUGAGCCACAGCAGCUUAGACAAGAUGUAUUAAAUUGGCUAAAUGAGGAGAAAAUUAUACAGCGGCUGGUGGACAUGGUGCAGCCGUCUCAGGACGAGGAUAGACAUUCAAAUGCGUCGCAGUCGCUCUGUGAGAUCAUUCGGCUGAGCAGAGAUCAGAUGUUCCAAGUUCAAGGCUGCUCUGAGCCUGACCCCCUGCUGGCCACACUGGAGAAACAGGAGACUGUAGAACAAUUGCUGUUCAACAUCUUUGACAAAGAGAAGAUCGAGUCUGCUAUAGUCAGCGUUAUCCAGAUACUUCUAACCCUCUUUGAGACACGGAGACCAGCUUUUGAGGGUCAUCUGGAGAUCUGUCCCCCUGGUAUGAACCACCCAUCAUUCUCGGUCAAUCAAAGUAUUCUAGAUGCUGUCAGGCCCAGACUGAAAGAUUUUCACCAGCUUUUGCUUGAGCCUCCAAAGAAAACAGUCUUGAACACCACUUGGGGAUUGCUGGAUCCACCAGUGGGAAACACUCGCCUUAAUGUGGUGCGACUAGUGACCAGCCUUUUGCAGACCAACACUCAUAUCAUAAACCAGGAGCUCAUCGCCCUAAAUACACUGGGAGUCAUACUAGAUAUGUACUUCAAAUACUUGUGGAAUAACUUCCUACACACGCAAGUAGAAAUAUGUACGGCGAUGAUAUUAGCGAUGCCUUCAACCCAAAGUGAAUCUCCUGAGAUUAACAGAGAGAACGACCAAGAACCCAUAAGAGAAAACAUCCUUAUUAAACAUCUCUUUCAAAAGUGCCAGUUAAUACAGAGAAUUCUUGAUGCCUGGGGAUCAAAUGAGAAGGAACAGGCCGAGGGUGGGCGACGGAGGGGUUACAUGGGACACCUGACCAGAAUAGCUAAUUCUAUAGUCCACAACAGUGACAAGGGCCCAAACGGGGCGCAGAUUCAACAGCUCAUCUCAGAACUUCCAGAGGAAGACAGGGAGAGAUGGGAAUCCUUCACUUCAGGACAGCUAGCAGAUACAAACAAGAAAAACACUGUAGACUUAGUUAACACCCACCACAUACAUUCGUCCAGUGAUGAUGAGGUAGAUUUCAAAGACAGCGGGUUCCACCAGGACUCUUCCCUACAGCAAGCCUUUUCUGAUUAUCAGAUGCAACAAAUGACGUCCAAUUUUAUUGAGCAGUUUGGCUUCAAUGACGAAGAGUUUGCCGAUCAGGAUGAUGUCGGGGAUAUUCCCUUUGAUAGAAUAUCAGACAUCAACUUUUCCUUGAAUACAAAUGAAAGUGCAAACAUGGCGCUCUUUGAGGCCUGCUGUAAAGAGAAGAUCCAGCAGUUUGAGGACACCGGUUCCGACGAAGAGGAUAUUUGGGAUGAAAAAGAUGUCACGUUUGCACCGGAAGCUCAGAGACGUCCCAGGAGCUCAGGAAGUACAGACAGCGAGGAGAGCACAGAUUCUGAGGAGGAAGAUGGCAAACGAGACCCGUUUGAGUCCGCUAACGCAACAUCAGAUGACAGAAUGGAAGUGGAUGCUGGGGAUGGUCCAGUGUGGACCGCAAAUUUCGACGACACACCAAUGGACACAGGCAACUCUGCGGCUCCCAGUGCACCUACAUCUGCCUCCCGGGCCGCUGUCCCCGAACCUCCAGGCUGGAGCUCUCCAAACACAGCUGCAGAUGGCACGGCGGGCUGGGCAGACUUUUCUAGCUUCACACCUGUCAGCCCCAAGGAUCCGUUGAGGAGCAAUUCCCCUGUAGCCAUGGAGACCAGCAUAGAGACGGCAGACCCUCUGGGUGUCAAUGCGCCCAUGCAGCAAGAAAACAUAGAUCCGUGGCUUUCCAACGACACCAGUGGGAAGGUAGGGGCGACCUCAGAACCCGAGGAGGAGCCUGCCAGCGACCGCAUUACCGAAACGGUCACCAACGGCUCCAUGAAGGAGACGGUCAGUCUAACUGUGGACGCCAAAACCGAAACUGCUGUUUUUAAAAGAGUGUUGAAAUCGUAUCGCGAGGAAGAGAAGCUAUCUACCUCUGAGGAUGCAUCUGCAAAGCUCUUUGUUGCAGAAACUGGAGAAUCGGAGAAGAACAAUUGUCCAAGCAACUGUCAGAAACCAGGUCUAAAGCACUUAGAAGAGAAAGCAAAAACCACUUGCGAAGCUCUGAACGGCCCUCUAGAAGAUGAGGCCGCCAUGGACGAAGCCAAAUCAGAGCAGCGCACAGCCAACCUAGAGGCAGCGGUGAACGGUCCAGCGUGAAGAGAGACGCCCCGUCAUCCGGAGCCCGAAAGAACCACCACCACCACCUCCUCUGCUGCUGCAGUUUGUAACUCCAGCACUGCACUGACGCCACCAGAUCAGGACCAGCAAUAUUCAUAUUAGACAGUUGUACAGAGAGUUUGAACUGUAUGAAGAGAAACGUACUCUAAUGAUUUUUUUUGCAUUCGUUUAUAUACUAUUGUUCUUAUGAGGUGAUCUGUGUGACAUCUUGCCACUUAAAGUGAAUAGUAAUGUUGCUAUAGUUAAAAAUGAUUGUAUGAAUAAAAUAUUUUAUAAAAAGACAAAUGUAUACAGAAACGGAGGAUUGAUAAAAUGAAAUGUACCGAUUGGAACAUCAUGGUGUGACCAAAACAUACGCUUGUCUUUUUGAUAGGAUUUUCCUCUUGCACAAAAUCUAGUAUUUCAUUUCCAAGUAAAAGCAAUGGCUACAGAAAUCUUAAA